UAUGUAACUAUCGAUUUUGUAUUCCCCCCCAUCACUAAUCCUAGGUAUGCUGUCUGUCCCCCCCUUCAGGUGGUGCUGCUCAGUGGUCAUCUGGACAGCUGGGAUGUGGGCCAGGGGGCCAUGGAUGAUGGUGGUGGAGCGCUCAUCUCCUGGGAGGCCUUGUCUCUGCUUAAAGACCUGGGUCUGCGACCCAGAAGAACCCUCCGGACAGUGCUGUGGUCUGCAGAGGAGCAGGGAGGGGUUGGAGCGCAACAGUACUUCCAGCUUCACAAGGUGAACAUCUCUAACUUUAACCUAGUGAUGGAGUCUGACCAGGGUACCUUCACCCCCCUGGGGCUGCAGUUCACAGGCUCAGUCCAGGCCCAGGCUGUCAUGGCAGAGGUGAUGAAGCUACUGAAGCCCAUCAACACCACCACCCUGGAGGAACACGGAGAGGGAAUUGAUAUAGAGAUGUGGAUGGAUGCCGGCGUGCCAGGAGCCAGCCUGCACGUUGCAGACAGUAGAUACUUCUGGUUCCACCACACCAACGGGGACACCAUGUCUGUUCAGAGCCCCAUAGAAAUGAACCUGUGUUCAGCCCUGUGGGCGGUGGUGGCCUACGUAGUGGCUGACCUGGAGGAGAUGCUGCCCAGGUAGUCCACUAGGACUGUCCUGCAUCCCAAACGGCACCCUAUCCCCUGUAUAGUUUUGGGAGAAGAAUGCACUAUAGGGAAUAUGGUGCCAUAAAAAUGCUUUACUGUUGUUUGUCCUCCAGAAGGGCUUCCUGCAGUAACCUCUCUGUGAAAUUAUACCCCACUCUGGUUAAGUGGCUAAAGAAGAAUUAACAGUGUGUAUAAACCACAAAAUGUACAAAAUGGAAUUAAGUAUUUCUGGCAUAUUAUUUCCAGUCAAUUUCUUUUAUAAUGAACAGAUAUGUACUGCAUGUUUCAUGUUGACUGUCAUUAUGUCUAAUCUGCCAAUAAAGCUGUGCAUUAAUUAGUCCAAGG